AUGGCUCCGGCCGUUGUCCAACCAGUGAAUGGUUCUUACCUACACCGAUCCCAUACCUCCGACGACCGUAACAACGCCUCAGCAGCGUCUACAACAUCAACAACAAUAGCACCCGCACAACAGAAAGGCUCGAGCGUGCAGGGACGAGCUGCAUUCGAGCUUCCCUCUUUUGACACCCUUCCCGAAUUCAACACCAACCUCUACCUCGACGGCAAGUCCAAGGAAGCUACUGCUCAAGAGCAGGCGGCCGCAGCCGCAGCCGCCGCGGCACGACCAGACCCAGCCAUGUUGUUGAAACCUCCAAAAGAGGAGGACAAGGAGAACACGAGAGAUGGAAAACAGAAGGAGAAGGACAAAGAUGCCGAGAAGCUGCAGAAGAGGGGGAGGAGGGCUUCGUUGAUGGAGCGACGUAAAUCUUGGCUACCAACAUCUAGAUCACCGUCAAAGUUCAAGGAGCCGCCGGUGCCCGAACGACCCGCCAUGCCCGAAAGACCCAGCACUCAUGCCGGAGACCACGUGAGUGCUGCAUCUUCUGCUGCGACGUCUGCCGCCCCCGUAGCACCGACACCGCCGACGCGACCUCUCGAGCCAGAACGCCCCAGGACGGUCUCGGAGAGUUUUGCUACCUUUGCGAAGAAGUCAUGGAUGUCCACAUCCCGUUCCCCGUCCCCGAAGCGAAAUCCAGACCCUCCAGCUCCACCGUCUUCUCGCCCUUCCCGAAGCAGGGCCCCGAGUAACGAGAACAUCAAGGGUGUGGACUCGACCCGCAAGAGGCCGGUAUCUAUGCUAGUCGACACAGAGACUGCCGCUUCAAAGAGUGUCGAAUCAUUAAAGCCUGCACGCACCCUGAACCGAACCAGCACCUUCUUGACAAAGAUCAAGCAGCGACCGAAAAGCAUGCUCAUUACCCUGGGAUCAAACACCGAAAUCGAUACGAAUGCUUUGCCCCCAUCUUCACUGAGCUUGCCUCCGCCCAAACCCGCUGUUGAAAACGAUCAGCCCAGCAAGAAGACCAAAAACAGCAGCAACAACAACAAUAGUAAUAGUAAUAAGAUCAAAAAGCCCGAGUCGAAACCAGCUUCGUUCGCCGAAUCCCAAACAACAGCAACGGACGAGUCUCUGAUGAGCGAAAUGUCGGUCAACAAGGACACCAUCUGGUCCGUUUUCAGGUCGCUCGACACCGAGAGUGGAAGCUUCGCCACCAAAACCAUGGCCCAGCGCAUGCACUCCGUGCGUGUAACCUUGUUGCCAUUUUUGCGAACCUAUAUGAACCAUAUCACCAACAAGGGACUCAUUCUGGAAGAUGUUGAGCGGAGGGCGAUUGUGCUGAACAAGUGGUGGACUGGUUUGCUGGAUAUGCUGGACGGUCAGGGCCAGCAGCUCCCUGGCGUGGACCGGCCGGUUCUACUGGAGGCUUUGACGAUGCUGAUGAUGCGACCAGAAUGGCGACAAACCACGACGUACUUCAUGUCGUUGGUGGAUCGCUCACCAAACGAACGCGUCCGACCGCGAUCGGGGACCCAGUCCACAGCAGACUCAUCACAGGCUUCGAGCCAAGCUUUCCUCGCCGAAUCCGCCGAGCACAAUGUGCGAACCAUGUUUGUUAGCAACCUCAUGAAGCAGAUGCAAAUCGUGGUGGAAAAGAUGUCGCUCCGGCACGCACCUCUCAGUCUCGUCAAUUGGUGCGGUAAGGCAUGCGCGUACGCGUUCUUUUUCUGCCCGUCCGUCGCUGAGAUCCUCGUCCGAUUGUGGGAUUUGCGACCUGAGCUCAUUCGAAGGACGGCUGACGAGUUUGGACUGCCCAAAAAGAAUGGUGGCGAGAGCGAGGACAUCAUGGCCCUGUUCCCACCUAACGUGGGCGUAUUGGGCUGGCAAUCGCAAAAGACCAUUAGCGCUCGCUUCAAGGAACGAGUGAAACUUUCCGUCAUGGCGGCGAGGAUUCCUUGGUUCAGCCCUUGGGUGACGCGAUGGCGUGGCGGUGAUACUGACUUGUUCUUCAUCUUUUGCAAGUAUUACCACAUCUUGUCUGAGGAGUUCAUGCCCGAAGGCCUCCCCCUGCUUGAGAAGGCGCGAUCGCCAGGAUUUAUACUGGUACAGGCGCAGGUUCUUGCGUGUAUUGAGUCCACGAUCCACCGCCAGGCCGAAGUCGAUGCGAUAUACAACCCGCCUAUGCCAACAGACUCGUUUUACGGCGCCGAUGCCGCAGCGACCGCGAUGACCAUCCCAGGAAACUUGUUGAAGAACAUGGCCGAGAAUCGCCUCAUUGUGUUGUUGAAGGAUAUUCUGGGCGAAUCACUUCCAGUCAUUGCUGCCGCAAGACGAACCUUUGCCGAAGCCUUCCUGUCUGUGACUCGUGCUGCGACCCGCCGCGUGUCCGCUUUUGACCACAGCGCCGUGUUCACGCUCUGUGAUUUCUUGGAAGAGGCAUUGGUGGCUUACGACCAGCUCGACGAUCUCGAGAACCCGAAUAUCGCCAAGAGUAUCGACUGGUCUUUUUGGCUUAAUGUCUGCAGAAAGAUGCUCAUCUCCGACAACGCUAUGACGGAAGUCCGGCUCCUGUCCUUUAUCUUCUCGACCUGGGAAGCAGUCACGGCAAACCCCGAACGGAAGAAGGCAUUGUGUCUGGACUGGCUGCUUUCCGAGGAAACGUUUGACACCUACUUCAACCACUGGUGCCCGAUGGUGCGCGGCUACUACAUGCGCCUGCUCUGCUGGCGUAUCUGUCGUGACGGCGGCAGCGCGAACGAGGUUGACGCUGAAAUCUUCCUUGUUGCCGCAGCGAGACUGAAGACUGUCUGGGCCCACUACCUCUUCCUCCGCAACGCCGCCGAUGCCGCAGGGAGGCUUCCGCCCUCGACAUCGCCAUGCCUGCCCACGCCGGGCAAGAAAUUCAUGAUCAUCCGUACGGAAGUGAACAUCCCGCAGCCAGGCUAUUUCAACCAGCCCUUCGACUCGUUCUCUAAGAUUGUCAAUGGCGAGGGAGUCAUGUCAUCAACGCCAGCAACAGAAACCAAGGAGGUUGCCAAGCCUGACAACAGCAAGAAGCGUUGGUCUUUGCUUGGCAAGGUGCUGUCUUUGGGUGGCAACGGUUCAGAUAGCGAGGACAAUGAGUCUUCGCGCAAGGAAGCGACACCGUCCAAGUCCGCCACUCUCUCCAAACGUCGUCAAGGAGGCCCGCCUCUGCCUCCCAAGAUUUCCACGUCAUCAGCCUCAGCUGUCACGACGUCGUCCGACGGCAGCUCGCCAGGCGCCUCGCCGAUCUUCAUGGAGCAGAAAUUCGUCUUCAAGUUCACGCUGACCUGGCAGCCUCCUGCCGUCGCCCAGCCUCGCGAUCGUAUCCUUACUCGCCCGCGCCUCCCCGCCCCGGCGCAGGCCUGGGUCACUUCUCGUUCGAGGAGUGGCAGCACCCCUCCUCCGCCUGCUGCUGGUCUUCCCGACCCCACACGGUGUGUCUCUGGCUCCAAGAAGAAGGGCCUUGUCGAUGAAGCCAGGAACGCCAGUCCUCUCGCCUCCCCCACCCUCGAGCGCAAGUCUUCGGUCACCGCGGUGUCGUCAUCCUCUCUCGUGCGCAGGCUCAGCAACAAGUUCGACUUUGAGAACAACCCGAACGUUGAGCUGAUGACCUUCGAUUUUGAAAGUGCAGAGAAGUCAUCUGCUUCAUCCGUGUCUUCCGACUCAUCAACGGCCUCGUCGCCUACCGAGAGCAAGGCCGAGGAGGAGGCACAGCAGCCGUCGGAGCCUGUAGCUCAACCCCCGCAAUCCAAGGCCAUGGCCCAGGCUCAUGCUGUGCUCCAGGCUCAGCAACGGCCUCAUCUGUCCAAGUCUGGAAGCCGUAGGACCGGCCCCGAGCCACUUACGCAACCCCUUCGCCCGACGGGCAUUUACGUCAAGCGCGCCGUUUACGCCGGUCGCGCUUUGGCCGAGUGGAGCAUCGUCGUUGCCGAAUGCAACGGCUUCGUCGAUCGCAGACGGGAUGAGGGCGUUCUUGGCCUCAGCGAUGUGGAAGUCCCGAUGCUCACAGUCGAAGGCUUCAGAAAGCUCGGCUAA